AUGACGGCGACCUCCAUCUCUCCUCACAAAGUCGCCAGUCGCCAUGCACUGCUUCCUUCUCCCGAUCCAUCGGCAAUAAAGCUUCCUGACUCGCCUCAAAAGAACACCACAGGCACUGCUUCCAAUACCGGGUCGCUGACAGAGAAAUCCCGCGGUCUCCGAAGACUGCAGUCACACAACCAACUCUCAUCGACCUCCAACAUGGGCACUCAAGCAUCUAACCUGCGACCAGCACGCUUGGGGUUCAAUUCCAAACCCUCUCGAGAACAACUCAAUUCAGUCUCAGCUCAACAGCCCACCACCGCUGCUGCGACAAACCCCUCAACCACCACUGGCAGAGUGCGCGCAAACAGUGAUGCACCCAUGCCCUAUAUGCCUCGAGCUCGAAAAGUGCAGACUGCCUCAUCUUCCUCCAAUCUCUCGUCAAGUCACCUUGCUGCACAUGCCCGCAAAUCCAGCUUGGAAAUGACACUUCGUGAUGGGCCCCCACCAGGAACGACAACUGCUUCGGCUGUGUCGUUAUUGCAACACUCUAUUCUUACCAACGGAGUGAUUGCGACAAAAGAAGGAAUGUCGGACUAUCGAAUCUAUCUCUGGUUGACCCUAUUGAACAUCCCGGCAUUUCCAACCGACACCUACCUCGCCCUCAUCCAUCGCGGACGCAGCCCCGCCUACGAGAAGAUAUCCAACGAUGUCUUCCGCACCUUAGCCACCGACACACUCUUCAAAAGACGGGUAACAGACGCAAGUUUGACCAGAGUGCUCAACGCUACAGCCUGGCGGAUCCACGAAGACCAGACAUCUGAUCCGAAAACACCGUUUGCGUCUAAAUACACCCAAUCCACCUACCUCCAAGGCAUCAAUGUGCUAUCCGCACCUCUACUCUACGCAUCUCGCUCCGAGGCGCAAGCCUAUGCAAUCCUCACAUGUCUUCUGACCGAACAUAUCCCCACCUACCUCUCACCAACCAUGUCCGGGGUUCACCGUGGGGUCGACCUGAUCGAUCGCAUCCUCGCGCACAUGAACCCAAAACUGUCGUCCUUCCUACUCAGCAAGAACCUGCCAGCCAGGAUCUACGCCUUCCCAUCCGUACUCACCCUGUGCGCAUGUACACCUCCACUCCCAGAGGUGAUGCGAUUGUGGGACUUCUUAUUCGCAUUCGGUGUGCAUCUGAACGUCAUCUGCGUCGUGGCCCAGCUACUGCUGUGCAAAGACGCUCUACAGGACCACCCCAGCCCAGCCAAGAUGCUGCGGAGUUUUCCCAGCUUGAAUGCGGACGAAAUCAUCAAGAUGACGCUGUUGGUCGUGAGGGAGCUUCCGGAAGAUUUGUUUCGUGACGUCGUGGUGCACGCGAGAGAUCUUUCGUGA